CAUGACUGUAGAAGCUAACAAAAUUGUACUUGCUUGUUUUUGUCCUUUUAUAAAAUAAUCUCAUUCCCAUAUCUGCAGUCACAAGACAGUGCUAUCAUUAUUACCUUUCUGACCUUCUUUGGAGUCUUCUCUCAGCGGGAUGGAGAUUGUUCAUGAAUAUGUGAAGCUCCGCAGUGACUUUGGCCGCCAGUGUCUCUUUUCGGACCGUCAUGUGGAGCUGCUAGUCGAUGUUGCUCCAAACCCAAAGCUGGCGAUGCAGUUUGUUCUGAAGGAGACAAGAGACCUGGGAGUGCAGGGCUGCUGGGAAAUGUCGGAGCAUGAGGUUAACACGAAAAGGUUUGAGUUUGAAAACCAGGGGAUAAAUCAUGUGGAAGGGGGGUGGCCAAAAGAUAUCAACCCACUCGAGAUGGAACAAACUAUUCGCUUUAGGAAGAAGGUGGAGAAAGAUGAAGGCUACAUGAAUAGCAUCCAGGUACUAGGCACGCUAAUAGGACAAUGUGUUGGACAGAAUAAUGCUGUGGACAUUUACCAAGAGUACUUUAAAGACGAAGAACUGCUGGAUGAAAUUCAGGAAGCACCGUCUGUGAAGAUCGUCAAUGUAUUCAGAGACCCGAACAAGGAACAACGAAACAUCACCGGUCUUUCUUGGCAACCCGGUGGAGGCACGAAUCUGGCGGCUGCCUACUCCUGCCUUGAAUUGCAAAAAGCCACAGCAGACAUGAGCAAAGACUCAUACAUCUGGGACAUUGAGAACCCCAACCACCCUAAGACUGUUCUCGUACCGACAUCUCAACUCAUCUGUCUGGAUUACAACCCCCAGGACUUGCACACGCUUGUCAGUGGGUGCGUCAAUGGGCAGAUUGUGUUAUGGGAUGCCCGUGAUAGCCAACAGCCUGUGGCAGUUUCCUCAUUGGAGAAGAGUCACAGAGAGCCUGUUUACAAGAUGAUCUGGUUGCAAUCGUCUACUGGGACAGAAGCCUUCUCUGCCUCCACCGAUGGACAGAUUUUGUGGUGGGAUGUCCGCCAAAUGAAGCAGCCCACAGAGCGGCUGGUUCUGGACCUGAGUAGGAAAGAAAACCUAGACACUGCUUUAGGAGCCAUCUCUCUGGAAUAUGAGCCUACCAUGCCAGACACAUUUAUGGUGGGGACUGAACAGGGAGCUGUUGUGUACUGCAACAGGGCUGGGGAGACUCCAACUGAGAAGAUUGUCUGUACAUACGAUGGCCACCACGGACCUGUCUAUGCCAUCCAAAGGAACCCUUUCUUUCCUCAAAACUUCCUGACAGUAGGAGACUGGGGAGCCCGCAUUUGGUCAGAAGACAUCAAGGAGUCAUCUAUCAUGUGGACAAAGCACCAGAUGGCAUACUUAACAGACGCCUGCUGGAGUCCUGUCAGACCCUCAGUCUUCUUCACUGUGAAUAUGGAUGGUGUGCUGGACAUCUGGGACAUCUUGUUUAAGCAGAUUGACCCCACUCUAAGCGUUAAGGUGCAUGAUGAAGCUCUGUGUAGCCUUCAGGUGCAUAACGAUGGAUGCAUGGUAGCUUGCGGCUCUCAGCAGGGUGCCACCACACUAUUGGAAAUCUGCUCAGGACUGUGCACUCAACAGAAUAAUGAGCAGAAUCUCCUGGGCGAGAUGUUGGAACGUGAGACAAAACGCGAAAAGAUCCUCAGGGCUUCUCAGAGAGGAGGGGACGAGGCAGGGAACAGUGAGGACAGUCCAAAGGAGCUGCUCCUCAGAGCUGACUAUGACUUCCACAACUUGGUGGAGUCGGAGCAGAGGAGGAAACAAUGGGACUCGAGACAGCGGCAUUAUCCGUAAAUGGGAGAGGCAGACAGCAGAUGACAACAAGAAUCCAAGAAGUAGAUGCACUAGUAGAGCUUCAUGCAUGAUGUUUGGCAAGAUGGUCAUAUUUUAAAGUUGAAAAAAACAUUUUUUAUUGAGG